AUGGACGUACUUUUAUUAACCRAAUUGGCCCUCUCUCUGAAGGAAGGGAUUCAGAAAUUGCUGGAUAUCGACACUUCACCAAAAGUUACAACCAUCAGCAGUUGUAAACCUGAACCAGAAGAUGACAGCUCGUCUAUUAACCCUACGGUUGACAUGAUAGAGGUGCUCUUAAUUACUGCAAGUCAGAAGCAGCAGCUGGAAGCUGUGCGCUAUUCCUCUCGCUACGCUCUGGGGCUGUUUUACGAAGCCGGUACCCGGAUUGAUGUCCCCUGGUCUGCGCAGUACGUCACCGGUAAUCCCUGCGUGCGCUUCAUCUCCAUCGAUAACAAGAAACGCAAUAUAGAGUCUCCUGAAAUUGGACCAUCUGUCGUCGUUCACACCACUGUGGCAUUUGGGCACGAUCACCUGGACUCAGAUCCUGCGGAGGUGCAGCAGUUAAUUCUCAGUCACCUGGAGAGCCUUGUGCCGUCUCUGCCUAAACCAGCCAGUGUCAAGUGCCAGAAAUGGAGAUAUUCCCAGGUUACAAAGGCUGUACCCGAUUGUCCAGGACACAUGAUUCUUCAUACUGAACCUCUCCUAAUUUGUGGGGGUGAUGGAUUUACUCAUUCCAACUUUGAUGGCUGUAUAGAUUCUGCCAUGAGCCUUGCGGAAGCCGUAAAGUCUUAUUUAUAGCAAUUUCAAAGUCAUCUGCUAUACAAAGUCUGGAUUUAUGAYGAAUUUUACAAUGUUAGAUUGAAUUCUAGUU